UUGAGAGUAUGAGCGCUGCUGUUUUAGUUAUGAGAGGGAACGCUCGUGUAUAGCGCAGGAAACUUCAGUAACUUUAGUGAAACUUGUUUCAACUCCACACAGAAAAAUAAUGGAGCCGAUAACAAAGUGGACAACCACACAGGUUGUAGACUGGAUCAGAGGGCUGGAUGACUGUCUCCAGCUGUACAUUUUGAAUUUUGAGAGAGAGAAGAUCGAUGGAGAGCAGCUUCUGAAGAUCUCGCAUCAGGAUCUAGAAGAGCUGGCGGUGACGCGUGUCGGCCAUCAGGAGCUCAUUCUUGAAGCAGUGGAUCUCCUCUGUGCAUUGAACUGUGGUGUUGAGACUGAUAACCUGAAGAGUCUUGUUGGCCAAAUGCGGGCGGCCUCCAAAAACUUGAACAACUGUGCAUCAGAGCGCAGGAAAAACCCUUCGUAUGAUGGAGGAAGCCCAAGCAAACCACCCAAUGUGUUCCUCACUGCUGUAGUGGAGCUGAUAGGAGCUGCCAAGGGUAUGCUGGCCUGGCUUGACAGGACUCCCCUCACAGGCAUCAGCGAUUUCGCCUCGACCAAAAAUAAAAUCAUUCAACUCUGUCUGGAACUGACCACAACUGUGCAGAAGGACUGCACCGUGUUUGAAAUGGAGGAAAAGAUAUUAGAAGUGUCACGGGUUUUGACUGGCAUUUGUGAUGCGACCAUGAGGAUGACCUCCGACCCCUUAAAGUGUACCAUGACCUGUUUGGAAGAAGUCCACAUCGCCAACAUCCAACCGGGCGAGGGUCUGGGAAUGUAUAUUAAAUCUACUUACGACGGCCUACACGUCAUCACCGGAACGACUGAACAUUCCCAGGCGGACAGAACUCAGCGGAUUCAUGCUGGCGAUGAGGUGAUACAAGUCAACAGACAAACAGUGGUGGGCUGGCAGUUGAAGAAUCUGGUGACAAAGCUCAGGGAAGAUCCUCAGAAUGUGACACUAAUGCUGAAGAAAAGACCUUCUGGUACCUGCGGCUUCACUCCCGCACCGCUGAAGAACAUGCGCUGGAGACCCCCCGCCACCCAGAGUCCAUCACAUGCACCUGUUGGCCAGGCAUCUAGAAAUCCUGAGCAAAUUUCUGUCAAGCGGCUGGAAAAAUCUGCAAUUUUAGAUCUGCAUAUUCCUCCUCCACCUUCCAUUCCAUAUAGCCCACGGGAUGAAAAGACGUGUGAAUAUGCAGUUGUGAAGAUGAGACCAAAACGUCCCGAGUCGCCAAACUCUUCUUUAGACUUGGCUAACAGACGGCGAUCAAACAUUGCGGACAGUAAAUUCACUAUGAAUCCAUCCGAGCCUGUCGUCCUACAGGCGCGACUGCGACAGCGCAACCCCUCAAGAGGGAAGCCACGUCCCGUGUCCAUGCCGGUAGACACUUGCCUGGGCGUGUCAGACUCCCCCUCUAGACCCUGGGCUCUUGGAAGGAAAGGUGAUGAGAUGUUGCACAGAUAUCUCAGUAAUGAACAGAUCCCCACCAUCUCAGAAGAGUCACCCUGUUAUCCACUGCCAUACCGGCCCCGAGGUGAACGCCAGCUCGUCCGAGGGGUAGAUCACAUCCGUGGCAGCCAGUGUUUUAUCGACGCAGACCUGCACACCAGCAGCACCAUACCCUAUCAAGAAGCCAUUGCUCGGAAGCCCUCUGCAUCUAAAUCCACCAAGAGACCCCCAUCAGAGCCGUCGCUGCUUAGCAGUUGGAUCGCCCGACUCAAGCUGCUCACACACGCCUUAUGGUAUCGAACACACCUAAGUCAACGUGAGUGUUCAAAGUCGCUUCACAAACAAACCAAACCAUCUUCUGCAAGGUCUAUGAUGUCUACCAGAGUUGUUUUCAGAGGCAUAAGAUACUUUCAGGUUUUUACAUGCUGGCUUCAGACUGUGUUGUUGUCUCUGAAGACAGUAGAGGUGAUCAGCACAAUGCAGUCAUAUCCUCUUCAAGACUUCGCUUCGGAAAGGUCUCAGGGCAAUGGUGUGAUGAGCCGCAGGAGGGUCUCGGUGAAGGACCUGGGGCAGGGCGACUGUCAGGGCUGGUUGUACAAAAGGAAAGAAAGCAAAGGGCUCUUGGGUUGGAGGUGGAAGAAGUUCUGGUUUGUGCUGAAGAAAUGUUCGCUCUACUGGUACACAUCCGAGACGGCAGAGAAAGCCGAGGGUUACAUCAACCUGAGAGACUUUACUGUAGAUCAGGCUACUGAAUGCAAGAAAAAGUAUGCGAUGAAAGCAAGCCACCUUGAGAUGCUGACACUGUACUUUGCGCCCGAGAAUUUGAAAGACAUGAACAAAUGGCUGACUAAACUUACCCAGGCUUCAAAUGAACCAGCGCCCACAGACUCAACCAGUGGAGAUUGUUACAGUGAGGAAAGUGAUGAUGAUGAUGAAGCAGACACAGCAGAGUUGUGUGUGGAGUUCAUGGAUAAGCUGACCCCGAGCUCUCAUCACGGUUUUCUCCCUCCUCCGCUCUCUUCCUCGUCUCCGUGUCCGGACAUGAUCCCGCUGAUGUCUCCUGUGGCUAACUGCACAGAGACUGCGAGCGCAGACAGCGAAUCGUGGCAGGAGAUCAGCUCAGAGGACGACCCCAUCUGCAAAAUACAGGAAUUCCGAGGAAAUGACCGUCCACCAUCAGAUGAGAUGGAGAUGCUGUAUCUUCAUCUGAAGCAGGCGAGUCUCUCUCCUACAGGAGCCCUGCAGCCGACCACUAAACACGAAUUUAGGUCCUCCUUCAUCAAACGCUGUAAAGACGAUGGCAUAAAUGACAAACUACAUCUGAUCCGAGCUUUGAACAGUACUUUAAAGGCUAAAGAGGCUGAUCUGCAGGUCGUCGAGCAGAUUUUGAGGGAACCGUCUCUGAGCGUUUCCAAAUACAGACAGUGGCGAGACGCUAAUAUCCUCCUCCUGCAGGAGAUCAAUGAGAAACACCCGCAGGUUCAGACUCAACCCCAGCAGCAGUCUGGGGUCUCCGGUCCAUACGCCGCCAUCCCUGCCGUCCAUGUGUGUGUGGAGACCAGUCUGUGAAAUGACACAAAAAACAAACUGAAGUGCUUGUGUGUUGUGUAAAGAUGACCACAGGCCUGGAUGAAGCUACAGGAGAUCACAGCUGUGUGUGUGUGUGUGUGUGUGUGUGUGUGUGUGUGCAUGCGUUCGUGCGGCUGUGUGUAGAAAUAAUUUGUCCGAUUUUUGGAGCUUCUCAUAUAUGAUGAUAAAGUUUUAUGUGAAACACUUUUCUGUGAGUUUGUUCAUAUGCUGUAAUGCUUUUAACUAGUUAAACAGUUAAAUCAACCAGUUGAAAAUGUGAGCUGUUGGCAAGACGUCUUAAGUUUGGUUUAUGAACUGAUCACUAACAGAAUGAUAAUCCGAUUGCAACACUGUAUAUUUUGUGCAGUUAACAUUUUUAAGGCAGUGUAAAUAUCAGACAUCAGAUUUUAGAUGAAACAAACACUCACGCUUACACACACUUUGUCACAGAUCACAGAUCAAUUCUUCUUUAGAUUCAGAGGCUUGUUUCUGUUUUAUUAUCAUUUGUUUUAACAUGGCGGUCUCUUUAAAGAACAUAUUUGAGUAUUUUACUGUAAAUGAGUGUCUUUAGUAUUGUACAUAAAUUGUGUAAAUGUCUGUAAUCUAACUGUGCAGAGGUUAACGUGGUGUUUUUGGAUACAUAUGUGAAUGUAUUUAAACUAAAUAAAAAAUGAC